AUGCAGUCACUCUCCCGACGCUGUCUCUCCUGGCGAGCUCCUCAUCGACAUCACCUCACAUCUCAUAUUUCAUCAGCGGCGCCAUCGUCGUCUUCAACCACAUCAUUCAUACUCAGCGACGGACGCUCACAAUUCCGAAGAACAUUCUUCAGUCGUUGGCCUUCACGCCGCGCACCUCGUCAUGUCAAGAAACCACUGGAACCCGCCGAAUUGCGAACAAAACAGGCGAAAGCAGCUGGCGCGACUGUGACUGCUUUAUUAUUGGUCGGUGGAGCGGGAUGGGUGGCGUAUGAGAAGUAUCAGCCGUUUAGGCAUACUGUGCUGGCUGCUGUACGAUGCUCGAGAGUCGCUGAGGCUGCGGUGUUGGGUGCUAUUGAUUAUAAGAGAACGUUCGCGCAGACGUAUGCGGAUGAGAAGGAGCAAUUACAAGCGUAUUCGCGGUGUCACAAGAGGAGUGCGGAGAGGGUACUGAAAGCAUUACUAGCGAAUGGAGGCGUAUUUAUCAAGCUCGGACAACAUAUGGCAUCCCUGGUCGUAUUGCCAAUAGAAUGGACCGCUACCAUGAGACCACUUCAAGACCAGUGCGAGCCGACACCAGUAGAAGAUGUGGAAGCACUCUUCCUGUCGGACAUUGGACAACCGCUGUCUGAUAUUUUCGACUCAUUUGAACCUGAACCGAUAGGCGUAGCGAGUCUGGCACAGGUGCAUGUGGGGCAUCAUAGGCAAAGCGGGAAGACUGUCGCUGUGAAGCUUCAACAUCCUCAUCUAGCUGAGUUCUGCGAGAUUGACAUGGAGAUGGUCGAGGUCACACUCGGCUGGAUCAAACGAUGGUUCCCCGACUUUGAAUUUACCUGGCUUGGCGAAGAAAUGCGCGAAAAUCUCCCGAAAGAGAUGGACUUCGUGCAUGAAGCAAGGAAUGCCGAACGUGCCGCGAAGGACUUCGAGAAAUUUCGGACAUCGCUAUAUAUCCCCGAAGUCAUCGCAGCCACGAAACGGGUGCUCAUCAUGGAAUUCAUCCAAGGUGGACGAGUCGACGAUCUGGAGUACCUUGCGGAUCAUAAUAUCGACAGGAAUAAGGUCUCGUUGGAGCUAUCGAGGAUAUUUUCGCAGAUGGUGUACUUGAAUGGAUGGUUCCAUGCUGAUCCUCAUCCCGGCAAUCUCCUCAUCCGACCUCGACCCGAAGUAUCGAAGUCACCCUACAACUUCGAGAUAGUACUCUUAGACCAUGGCCUCUACUUCGACCUCGACACCCCGCUCCGAAUAAACUAUAGCAAGCUCUGGCUAGCUCUUAUCGCCCCUGCAUCCCCUGAAACGAACGCAGAUCGAAGAAAGUAUGCUGAGUUGGUUGGUAACAUUGGGCCUGAACUCUAUCCGGUAUUUGAAGCAGCUCUGACUGGUCGAGCUACCAUGUCCGACGAUCCCAAUGCAACGCCAGAUCCUGAAUCCGCUUUCCACCGAGCUUCGAGCGUAAUGGAUCUUAUGCCACAAUCCGAAGAAGAAAUGGAAGCCAUUCGGAAUGCCGUCGUGACUCGAGAAGGUCUUUUACUCUCAGUAUUUACCAUCCUACGAAAAGUGCCGAGGAGAGUGCUCAUGGUGUUCAAGUUGAACGAUUUGACGCGCAGGAGUCUUGAUCACGCAUUAGCUACUACACAUUCAAAAGUACGGGUAUUCUUAAUCAUGGCAAAAUACUGCGCCACCGCCGUGUGGCGAGACGACAGAAGACGAGUCCUCGACUCCAUGCGCGAACAGGGUCUCUUCUCAUUCCAUAACCUGGGCGAAUACAUCUCCUGCUGGUGGCGAUACGAGAAGCUUUAUAGGAGCUUGGCGGUCCUGGAGAUGUUCUUGGAUACGCAGGCGUGGGCGAGGAAGACGGCGGCGUGGAUGAGGGGACUUUGGAGGGUUGGGUUUGACGGGGCGCAUAAGGCGGCGGCGGGAUUGGCGUACGAUUAG